AUGGCGACUUGGAAGGAGCGUCUUCCCACAGAGGUCGCCCAACUCAUUCUCUGCCAUGCAACAGACGCAAAAUCACUACAGUCACUAGCGCUCUCAUCUUCAGUCUUUUUCAGAAGCUUCAAGGGUGCAAGGAGUAUCAUUCUCCUUGCCGUCCUCGAAAAUGAAGUCGGACAAGUCAUGAUCCCUCAUGCGCAGCACAUGGCACGCUCUGCGAACCUCCAAAUUCCACUGUACUCGAUUGAAGAAGAGGUUCAAGAAAUACUAAGAGAGUCGCGAGAGGCGAACUCAACUCUGUGGACCUUACAAGAAGCUCUUGAGCUCAGCCGCCUUCGGCCUCACCUGGAAUACUUUGCAGAUCGCUACGCAGAGUCAAUAUGCUCUGCAGCUAAAGGAGGGUUGACAUUGAUCCGCCAAGUGGAAAAAGACCGAAUUCGAUGCGCAUUCUAUCGCUUCCAGACAUACUGUAACCUUUUCGGUCUUUCCGGGAACACGUCAAAUGUUCGGCCAGACUGCCAAAGCCGGAAAGAAGAGUUUCUUGAUAAGCUCCCUCCAUGGGAAGUAGAGCAGCUAGUCUCGGUCCAUGAAUAUCUCCUUGGGAUACUCUCAGAGGGUGAGUGCCAUCCAAACAGAGGCUGUGCCUGCGCUGACAAGUGUGUAGCUUUCAAUGACGUAGCUGAACAUGACAUCGAGCUGGGAGAGCUCAAUGUCGCGUGGCUUGGUCGUAGUACGAAUGAUCUACGCUACAAAGAGUACUUCAUGUCAUUUGGGCUUGAAUUCCUCCACAAAGUAGACCAGACCAAGGAUUAUGACAAACGAUACGCUCUUUUCGCCAUAAAAUACGAUUCAGAUAGAGACUUCCUCAGUGCAUCAUUCGAAAUCGAAAGCACGAUCGAAGAAGUCGACAAACCACUCAAAGACUUUGCCGACAACCAAAUAAAAGGGUGGUUUCCAGCUUCUAGUUUAGCCGAUACCGACGAUGGACCUUUCGAAGCCUGGAAGUGGGCAUACGCUGAUUGCCAUUUUCUCUACGAUUUAACUGAGUUCGUUCGGCUUCGAAAACUGGGAUACGUCUUUCUUGACGCUGAUCGGUUGUCGUCAUUCUUUCUCAACCCCGGCAAUGCUAUUCUCUGGAGUAUGAACUGGGAUGAAUAUUUUGCGGAGCAGACUCAAUUACAACUUUUUCAACAUAAGUCGUUCGAGAAGAGAUCGGAACUCUGGGCCUCAGGAUGGCGAGGCUGGUGGAGCGAAAAUGACCAGAGCAAGAUGGUGUGGUGCACGGAGUGGAAGGGGAAGGGUAUGAGCUAA